UCACACGAGCCGUUCGCGUGCGGCCCGGGAUAUAAAUAAGGGCAGCGAGGCAGCGCGCGGGCAGACAGUCAAUCGCUUGCGUCUGUCGGCGACCAUCACAGAGAGAGAGAGAGAAAGAGCGCGCGCGCGUGACACUGAAACUCGUUAAAACUCGGGGAUAACGCUGCGGCGGGGAUAACUCCACUCCACUCCACUCCACUCCCACACUGCUGGACUUUUACUGCGCACGCUCCCGGCGUGUUUUUCUUCUUCUUUAAGGACGACUGAAGAGUUGAUCAUUUGUUACACAUUUUCCUGGAUAUUGUACGCAGAAAAAAACAAAUCAUGCCUGCUGAUAUGAUGGAAAAGAACUCGUCUUCCCCGGUGGCUGCGACCCCGGCGAGCAUGAACACCGUCCCGGACAAACCCAAGACAGCCUCCGAGCACAGAAAGUCAUCCAAACCCAUCAUGGAGAAAAGGAGACGAGCCAGGAUCAACGAAAGCUUGGGUCAGCUCAAAACCCUCAUCCUGGACGCUCUGAAAAAAGACCGCUGUUUUCACCCACAGAGCUCCAGACACUCCAAGCUGGAGAAGGCGGAUAUCCUGGAGAUGACCGUGAAGCACCUCAGGAACAUGCAGCGCGCGCAGAUGACCGCCGCUCUGAACGCGGACCCCACCGUGCUCGGCAAGUACCGCGCGGGCUUCAGCGAGUGCAUGAACGAGGUGACGCGUUUUCUGUCCACGUGCGAGGGCGUGAACGCCGAGGUGCGCACGCGGCUGCUCGGACACCUGGCCAACUGCAUGACCCAGCUGAACGCGAUGAACUACACAGCGCAGGCGCACGCCGGACCCGCGCCGCCUCCUCCGACCUUCGGACAGCCCGUGGUGCAGAUCCCCGGCGCGACGCACGUGCCCGUGCCCGUCUCGGUGCCGGCGUGUAAGAGCGCGCCUCCAUCCGGCGCGUCGCCGUCUGACGCUUCCAAGGUGUACGGCGGCUUCCAGCUCGUCCCGGCUACAGACGGACAGUUUGCCUUCUUGAUCCCCAGCGGCGCGUUCACCCCCGGCGGCCCCGUGAUCCCGGUGUACGCGAGCGGCGCAGCCACGCCCCUCUCAGCAGCCGCCGCGUCUCCGCGCGAGGCCUCGCUCACUUCAGACUCUGUCUGGAGGCCUUGGUAGAAAAACCCAGAGAGACAGAAAGACUUCUGAAAGACUUUUACACUGUUCAUAUGCUACAUGUUUCGUCUGUUAAAGUUUCGCUUUUUUGUUUAGUUUUUGUUUUGUUUGUUGUUGUUUUUUUUUUUAAUGGAAAUGUGUUUUAAGAAGAGAUUUUUUUAUGCACUAUAUUUGUACAGCUCAAAAGGGAGAGAAGUUCAUAUUGAAACGAGAUUUAUACUUAUAUAGCUAAUGUCUGUUCGGUGCAUUUUUUUAUAUUUGCGGUAUCUUUUUUUUCUAAAGGUGAUGCCAAAGAUAUGCGGAAUGCUUUUUUUUUGUGCGAGAUUCUUCUUUUUGGAAGACUAAUAAAUUUGUUUAAAAAAAAAAAAAAAAA